UUGCACUAAAACCUGGUAGAUAAUAUGGAUCAAAAACGUUCUAGUCGGAUACCUUGGAUUUUCCAUCGCUUUCUUCCAAAAACUCAAAAUUUGACUACGCACUACCCACGUCAAAGCUGACGUGACACAUAUUUUUUUUUGGACUAGCGUCAAAAUUUACGUAAGACCAAAUUUUUUGCGAAUACUCUUAAGAAUGGGCGUAGCCAAAAGAAAGUACAGGCCCAAACCCAGGCCAAAGCCCAAAAUCGACUACCCGCCGGUACCCAGACGGAAAUGGAUACCGCCCGACCAACGACCGAAACCACCCAAGCCCGAACCCAAAUACAUUAAACCCGAUGGACUCACCCAAAAGCUUGCGGUCUCGUCUUUGAAGAGAGUAUGGAAUCAAUACGACGUCAUAGAUAACGCAGCAGUGUUAACAGGAAACUUUAGUCAGUGUCACCGGAGGUUUAGCUUUAAAAGCAAUGGCCUUCAAGGUGCGUGUAAUUCGGCCGUGGCAUGCGUUUACUCAAAGCUAUACAACAUGGAGGCAUGGACCAAGCGCCUCUUGGAUCAAAUCAUUAUCACGGGAGAUGGGCUCUACCUUAAAAGCACUCAGGAGGGUGACAGGUGCACGAUCGAUAUACCACCGGAGAAGGUGUAUAAGUCCUUCUUCUUGGGAAACAAAAAAAUCACUCUAUUCGUAAGCGCCCUAUCGAAAGUGACCGAAAAUUUAACCGCAUCCACCGAAGACACCGCAAAAAACAUCAUACUGGGUGUCGUGGAAGAUUUUCUCAAAGAUAAUACCUCUGGAAUUUUUUCAAUGGGAAACAAGCACACCGCCUUGUGGACAGACGGCAAAGCGUUUCAUUUCUUCGAUCCCGAAGAGUAUGACAGUCGUGGAAACGUAUGGAAAGGUGUUCCAGGUGAAGGGGCUUGCCUUCUGGUCAGGUUCAAGAGCAUCAAGAAGCUAGUGGAAUUUUUAUAUCGAUGUUAUGCUGAGAACGCAUCUAUAACCUCGCGGUUUCAGCUAAUACCAUGCGGAAUAUCUAGAAUGGUAACCGUAGACAUCACACCGCCAGAUACUUUUCAGUCAGUCAAGUCGAAGCAGGACGUGGAGUUAUCGAAGUCCGAAGAACAAUUACCGCCUCCCAAAGACUAUAAGCUUGAGGCGCUAGUGCAGUACGUAGGAGAAGACAAAGUCACAGCCGACGUGCGAGAAAUGAGAGUCCAUGAGAUCUCUCCAGAUGUUACGGAAACGUUCUCUUUGAGUAAACGACCAUCUUGGCUUCGUGACGGGCCAAUCAACAAGCAAGACGUUUGCCGUUAUCCCAUGCCAAUUCCAGCCUUUCUCAAAAAGGAGUCUACCAAAUUGAGUUACUACACGGAAAUACCACAUCUGGGUGGAAUAUUGCGCGGAAGUACCUAUCAAACUGAUCCCAAAUUCACCAAAUACGCUGGGCGUCAGAGCAUGGGAAACGCUCUUUCGGCGCUGUUAAUGCUCCGCCUCUGCAAGUCGAAGUUUUGGCUACCCAACACGAUAGAUGCAGUCCUUCAGUACGGCGACAUCUUAUAUAGAAACGCCAUGUUAACUAUACCGCGAUCGCAAACUCUGAGACUGUCUAAUUUUCCGAAACGGGUCGAGUUCCACGGCAGGUAUUUCACCCCUGUAAUUGAGGAGUGCGUCACGGUAGGGCAACUGCAGAGUCAGGAGUACGACGUAUUGGACUUGGAGCGGGGUCUUGAAGAGUUUUUCGUGGAUAACGAUUGUUGUAUAGUACUUGGACCUCAGACGUUGGCAGUGUGGAUCGAAGAUGGAGUCUAUUAUAUGUUUGACCCCGACGAAAGGGAUCAGUUUGGAAAAGCAAUAGACAGAGAGCAGACGGGAGGAGUCGCAUGUGUUCGUCGAAGCAAACAUCUUAAAGACUUAGUCGACAUUUACAUGCACAACACGGACAAGUCCAGACGGGAAGAGAGGUUCUACAUAUGCAGAGUCAGAAUAGACGACUACCGCGCUCUUAGUGGAUGGAACAAUUUCGAAGGGGUGGGCAUUACAAAAUGGAUCCUUCGCGGGAGUUUUCACCAGGGCAGUUUCAGGUUUUCGUCGCAUUCUAGGAACACCCAAGGCACCGCCAACGCCCUGAUAGGUUUAGCGAUGCAAAAGAUGGUCGGCUUCGAAAUGUGGACUUCUGCAGUAAUCGACGAAGUGCUAAUCGUCGGAGACGAAUACUACAAAGCUUCAGUCGAAACCCUACAAGCCGGUGGCGUGUUCAGACUACCGAUGCUCAUGCUGUCUGAGUUAAACAGAAGCUACAAGGUUAGAGAAAAAGAAGUCUAUUUCGAAGUGGAGGACUGCGUUGUAAACGGUUUGGUCUAUGCCGAUGAGUCCGACGACCUGUUAAACCUCCGAAAGGGGUUGGAGUAUUAUUUUCGGGAUUUCGAUUGCGGCGUUCUCACAGCCAGAUCGGUUUCCUUGGCGAUAUGGAAGUACGACAACGCGUACUUUUAUUUAGAUCCGUACAGCAGAGAUCACGAAGGAAUAGCCGCUGGAUAUGGUACGUCUUGCGUUAUAAGGUCUACCGAUUUGGAGGAUUUCACACACUUCGUGGAGCACAAUUUAGAACCUGGAACGGAGGACUUGUACAACAUAAGUUGCGUUAGAUUGAUGUUCGACGCAGGGGGCGCCACCAGCCUCGCGAAGCAGACGCUAAAUAACUACACUCGAUUGAAAGAUAAUGUGGCCAUACUUCAAUCGUGGACCAGUGAAAACGCCGACAAAUACGGAGCGAGGAUAGGGAAGCAGUCGGUUCCUAUGUGUCUGGUUGCCAUCGGCUUCAACAGACUCAAACCGUCGAAACAGUGGACCAAAUACGAUUUGGACUUGAUAUUGGACAGGGGCGACGCCUUGUAUAUCGAGACGAUGGAGAAGAUACAAUAUAACGAAGUAGAAGAUCUGGAAGCCGGCGGCGAUGCCAGCCAAUCGGAAGCUGCUAUGCGACUAACCAACGAAACCUUAGAAAUCGAGAUUUUUUCCGAUAACGUCCACAAAGAAUUCGAUAUCGGACCCAACCGUUUUACGGUUACGCUAGAGGAUGCCGCUGAAGGCAACAUCAGAAAGGAACUAAAAACGGCACUAAAGGCUUUCUUUAGCGGCAACGGCCGGGAUGCUUUGUUAGAGGCGAAUGGUUACGCUGUCGCUCUUUGGAGAGAUGCAGGGAUUUAUUACGUGUUCGAUCCCAAACCUAGAAACAAAAAUGGACAAGCCAUAGGGAAAGAGGACUGGGAUGAUGAACCUGAAGAGCUCGACAAAGAUACCGUUCAAGAAACAGAAGAAGAAUUAGAAUUAGAUCCCGCAGAAACAGAUAUCGAAAACACCGAGGAAACAACGUACGAGGCAGCGGAAGAAGAGGAAGAAACUGUACUAGAGCGCGACUCGCCCGAAGAGCAAGAAGAUGCAGACGAAGCAAUGGAAGUAAUAGAAGAAGAAAAACUAGACGAAGAACCACCAAAACAACCACGAAAAAUUAAAAAGGGACAAUCUUUUUGGUCGGAACAAGAGAAACUUGGUAGGGCUUGUACUCUGUGGUUCGCCGACCUGGACGAUUUCGUAGACCACGUGUACGAGAAUAUACCGACCAAUGACAGAACGACCAAAAAUUUCCGACUCAAGUCUAUAAACGCCCAAAAUAACUUACAAUUGAGGAGCAAGCGCGACCCGGAGGAUGAAAGGAACGACCUGUACAGCGGAGACUGGUACGAUUUUAGGGAGAUCGAACAUGGCAGGUGGAUUUUAAGAGGUACCCUCGAUCUGACCCACGAGGUGUUUCCGGGGGCUAACAGAGGAAAGCAGACUUUGACGACAAGCCUUGUGGCAUUGGCGAUGGCUCAUAUCUACGAGAUGACGUGCUUCGUAGCACCCACACCGGAUACCAUAUUGGCUUACGGCGACAAACUGUAUACCUAUAUGAAAAGGGCCAGAAAGAAACAGUUGCUCGAAGAUGGCGGAAAUAGACUCAGCGAAGACGAGGUGGAUUGGUUGCUGCAGCAUGAGGAAUUUAGCAUAAGCGACAUACCAAAUAAGAUUUGUAUCUCCAAAUUUAUGGUCCAUGUGGAAAUCGAACCUGCGGUAGUAAGCGGCGACGUCAAAGCUCAGGACUUUGAAGAAGUGUACGACGUUAAAAGAGGCCUUCAGAAAUUUUUUGAGCGCAAUCGUUACGGCAUUCUUACUUCCAAGGAUCUAAACGUCGCUGUUUGGCGGGGCGAGGAGAUGUACUAUAUGUUCGAUGGUCUAAAACGAGGUCCAAGCGGGUUGGAAUCAGCGAUGGGCACAGCUUGUAUUACUAGAUACCUCUCGUUGGAGAAACUAGCCUCGGUAUUCCUCAACAAUCUUCCGCGUUUCGGCAAAAACCAAUUCUUUCUCCACAAGCUUAAACUUAGCAGGGAUUUAUGCCCAAGAAAUAGGGAACCCAAAAACGCGAGUCCGACAUUAAAGAUCGUGCCCAAAUUAGCCACGCUGAAGAUGGUGGGACACGGGAAAUCCAUAGUCCGAGGAAGCAUAAGCCAAGAGGACCCUAAGUUCGGUAAAGGACCGAACGUAAUGAGCGCCUCUGUCGCUGUGGCGGCCCUUACCACGGCGAUGAUUCACAAGGCUGACACGUGGUCCAGACCUAUCAUUGACGACAUCAUCGUACUAGGUGCCGAACUUCACGACGACAGCGUCGAAAGACUGGGAUACGACUUUAAUCCUUGGGAAGACCACUUGGAGGUUUCCAAAAUAAAUCCCGACUACAAGUUGGGAGUACUGACGGCGAGCUUCGAAAUCAGAGACACCGUCCAACGUGGUGUCCUCCAGACCAAGGGUCGAACGAAGAAAAAUCUUCGUCGAGGUAUCGAAGAUUUCUUUGAGGAGAACGCGUACGGUAUUUUGAUCACUAAGAGUUUAACCCUGGCAUUGUGGGAAGAAAGUGGAGAUGACGGCUCUCGGUUAAUCUACAUGUUCGACCCGAAUCCUCGCAGUGCUACCGGAAUGCCGGUAUUUAAUGGAACGGCGUGCCUUCUGAUUUUCGUUAAUGCAAAUAUCGCGGCAGAUCAUAUCAUCGGGUGUAUUCUGGAUCCGAACGAGAGGAGCGGCGAAUACGAGAUCCUACCAGUGGAAAUAGUGGUUGAAAAUAUUAAAUCCUUCCCAAAAGGUGAAAAACCUAUUACCAAAAGUGGGCCGAACGCUCUCCCCAGAUGUUCCAAGGCGGUAGUUUCAGAACAGAAGAAAUUGUUGCGAAAAUUGGCGGAAGAGGAGAGGAAGAGGAGAGAAGCGAAAAGGAUACACCAGAUCGGCAGAACCGGAUAUUAUCCCACGCGAGGCGGCGAGGCCAUUUUGAGGGGCUAUCUGAGCCAGAACCAUGAAAAAUACGCUAAGGAAUCGAGAAAUAAUCAGGAUAUACCAAACUGUAUAGUGUCAGUGGUGAUGAAUUCCCUCAUACCAGUCAAUGAAUGGACCUCCAAGCAUAUCGAUCUAAUCUUGGACACAGGGGAGCAGCUUUACAUUGACUCUUACAUCGCCUACGGUCCGAGAGACAAGAAGCUCGGAAUGGAGAACGUGCUUAGGAAGUUCUACAUGGGAAACCUUGAGGUCCACGUAACCAUUUACAAACCAGUAAUAACGGAAGUGAUGACAGCCAGCAAGCUGUUAAGCAUCUUGGAGGGAUAUUUCCAGCAAGAGUCGUUUUGCAUUUUGAGUUAUCGCGACCAGUAUGUCAGCUUGUUCUCCAAAAGCGGGUACUUUUAUCUCUUCGACCCUCACGAAAGGAACAUUCAAGGUAACCUCGUCGUAGGUGGCGACACUGGUACGGCGGUAGUUGUACGAUUCGACUGCGUAGAUUCGACAGCGUCGAAAGUGAUUCGCAACUUGAGUAGUGCGAACGAAGAAUACGCCGAUUUUUCCCUCUGGUUGACGUCGGUCAAGAUAAAAACCCGUUAAUAAAAUCCAAUUCGACUAUAAAUCACGUUUCUCUACGCAUGACCCCGGCGU